UUGGCUGCUGAGCAAAGAGCGGGCUGACAGGGUAGAGCAGAGCACUGUGUGUUCUGAAGCAGCUAACUCCCUCUCUCUCUCUUGCUCUCUCUGUAUAAAGAGAUGAGCGGAGGAAGAGGUAAUAGAGGAGUGCGACAGCGUCUCUGUUAGCGCUCAGCACACACACACACACAGACACCUUCUACAACAGAGAUAAGCGUGAGAAAGGAGCUGGCUAACGUCCCUCGCUGCCUUUGCUUUGCGGAUGUUUUAGUCUAAAUGGACGAACAGAGCGAAGGGGAGCAUGUGCUUACGGGUCUAGAUGAAGAGGCGAUAGUUGACCAUGGAAAGACCAGCUUCACCACUCACACAAACUAUGAAAAGGAUGAUUUGGAAAGCCACAGAGCAGUGUACGUAGGCGUCCAUGUUCCUUUUGGAAGAGAGAGCAAGCGGAGGCAUCGCCACCGAGGACACAAACACCACAGAAAGAAGAGAGAGAGAGAUUCUGAGGAGGGGAAGGAAGAUGGCAGGGAAUCCCCCUCUUAUGACACACCGUCCCAGAGAGUCCAGUUCAUCUUGGGUACAGAGGACGAUGACCUCGAGCACGUCCCCCAUGACCUCUUCACUGAGCUGGACGAGCUCUCCUUCAGAGAUGGCGGUGCCACUGAAUGGAGGGAAACUGCCAGAUGGCUGAAGUUUGAGGAGGAUGUGGAAGAUGGUGGGGAGAGGUGGAGUAAGCCCUACGUGGCUACAUUGUCACUACACAGUUUAUUUGAACUACGGAGCUGUAUACUCAAUGGCACAGUCAUGCUGGAUAUGAGGGCCAACAGUAUAGAGGAAAUUGCAGACAUGGUGAUAGACAGCAUGGUGGCUUCAAGCCAGCUGAAGGAGGAUCUGCGCGACAAGGUGCGGGAAGCCAUGCUGAAGAAACACCACCACCAGAAUGAAAGAAAGCUCAGCAAUCGCAUCCCUCUGGUGCGCUCCAUUGCUGACAUAGGCAAGAAACAUUCUGACCCACUCUUGCUUGAAAGAAACGGAGAGGGCCUGUCCUCUUCACGUCUUUCUCUCCACAAGCCAGGGGUAUCCUCCUCUGUCUCCAACCUGUCCCAGAGACGAGAGUCCAGAGUCUCCGUCCUGCUCAACCAUCUCCUGCCCUCUUCUUCCUCCAACACUGGGUCCUCCCCAGGCCUUUCGCCCCUCUCCACCCCUCAAAAUACCCCCGCUUCCUUCCGGCGCUCCUCCCAAAGUCUGCCGCGUACCCAUGGCGUAGGCCUCGGCCCCCAAGGCAUCCCUGAGGUGGUGGUAUCACCCCCGGAGGAUGACGACCCACCAAACUCUGCAGAAGACGACACAGCAUCACCACAGCUCAGCCGGCGAGCAUCCUCGGCAUCCCAGGGCCUCGAGCUGCUGCCCUUAGAAGGACCAAUGGUGUCUCAGAAUUCUGUUCCAAACAACCUGGAUGGCAACAAGACAGUGGAGAGGAGGCCGUCUAAAGUAGGGUUUCACAAAGAUCUACUGCCAGCCCUUAGAUUCCCCCGCCUUCAUCUCUAUGCGCAUGUGGACAUGAAUUUCAUGAAAAAGAUUCCUCCAGGUGCUGAGGCUUCCAAUGUGCUGGUGGGAGAAGUGGACUUCCUGGAGAAGCCCAUAAUUGCCUUUGUACGACUGUCCCCUGCGGUCCUUAUCACAGGCCUCACAGAGGUGCCUGUUCCCACAAGGUUUCUUUUCCUGCUUUUGGGUCCUCAUGGCAAAGGGCCACAGUACCAUGAAAUUGGCAGAUCCAUGGCCACACUGAUGACAGAUGAGAUUUUCCAUGAUGUGGCAUACAAAGCCAAAGACAGAACGGAUCUCCUCUCUGGGAUUGAUGAGUUCCUUGAUCAAGUGACUGUCCUGCCUCCUGGAGAAUGGGAUCCCACAAUUCGGAUUGAGCCCCCCAAGAAUGUCCCAUCUCAGAUGAAGAGGAAGAGACCGCCCCACCCUAACGGCACUGCGUCUCCAGCUGGAGAGUUGGAAAAGGAUGAUGACCAUCAUGCAGGACCUGAGCUGCAGAGGACCGGGAAGAUAUUUGGGGGUUUGGUCUUAGAUAUCAAGCGGAAGGCACCGUUCUACUGGAGUGACAUCAGGGACUCUUUCAGUCUGCAGUGUCUAGCCUCCAUCCUCUUCCUCUACUGUGCCUGCAUGUCCCCUGUCAUCACAUUUGGAGGUCUGCUUGGGGAGGCAACAAAAGGCAACAUAAGUGCAAUAGAGUCUCUAUUUGGGGCAUCACUGACAGGAGUGGCAUACUCCCUCUUCGCAGGCCAGCCCCUCACUAUUCUUGGCAGCACAGGGCCUGUUUUAGUGUUUGAGAAGAUCCUCUUCAAGUUCUGCAAUGACUAUGGCCUGUACUACCUGCCGCUGCGGACCAGCAUCGGUCUGUGGACAGCCUUCCUGUGUCUCAUCCUGGUGGCUACCGAUGCCAGCUCCUUGGUGUGCUACAUCACCCGAUUCACAGAGGAGGCCUUUGCCGCACUGAUCUGUAUCAUCUUCAUCUACGAGGCUCUAGAGAAGCUGUUUCACUUGGGAGAAUUCUACCCUGUCAACAUGCACAACAACUUGGACAACCUUACCCUGUAUUCGUGCCAGUGCUCUCCACCAGCCAAUGCCUCAGAUCAGCUCCAGCAGGAGUGGAACCGGACAGGAUACAGCCCAGACUCUAUCCCAUGGAGCAACCUCAAUGUUUCAACAUGUAAAAUGCUCCAUGGGGAGUUUGUGGGUGCAGCCUGUGGUCACCAUGGGCCCUACAUCCCAGAUGUUCUCUUCUGGUCCAUCAUCCUCUUCUUCACCACCUUCUUCCUGUCCUCCUUCCUCAAGCAGUUCAAGACAGAGAGAUAUUUUCCCACCAAGGUGCGUUCCACUAUCAGUGACUUUGCUGUAUUUAUAACCAUCAUGAUCAUGGUGUUGGUGGACUAUUUAAUGGGGGUCCCGUCGCCUAAACUGAAUGUUCCUGACCGCUUUGAGCCAACUUCAAAGAACCGAGGCUGGCUGAUGGACCCUUUAGGAGGAAAUCCCUGGUGGACACUGCUGGUGGCAGCACUUCCUGCCCUGCUCUGCACCAUCCUCAUCUUUAUGGACCAGCAGAUCACUGCAGUCAUCAUAAACCGCAAAGAGCACAAACUCAAGCUCUCAGCUGUCAUGUUUCCUUGUGUAUCCCUACAGAAAGGCUGUGGCUAUCACCUGGAUUUGCUUGUAGUGGCAGUAAUGCUGGGUGUGUGCUCAAUCAUGGGCUUACCGUGGUUUGUGGCCGCCACCGUCCUCUCCAUCUCCCACGUUAACAGCCUGAAAGUAGAGUCCGGCUGCUCCGCUCCAGGAGAGCAGCCCAAGUUUCUUGGCAUCCGAGAGCAGCGGGUCACUGGAUUCAUGAUCUUUGUCCUCAUGGGUUGCUCUGUUUUCAUGACCUCAGUGCUCAAGUUCAUUCCUAUGCCAGUCCUGUAUGGAGUCUUCCUCUACAUGGGCGUCUCUUCCCUCAAAGGCAUUCAAUUCUUUGACAGAAUCAAACUGUUUGGCAUGCCUGCCAAGCACCAGCCUGAUCUGAUCUAUCUUCGUUAUGUGCCGCUGUGGAAGGUCCACAUCUUCACCCUGGUGCAGCUCACCUGUCUGGUGCUGCUCUGGGUCAUCAAGGCCUCUGCAGCAGCUGUUGUGUUUCCCAUGAUGGUUUUGGCACUGGUCUUUGUCCGAAAGCUUCUAGACUUUUUCUUCACCAAGAGAGAGCUGAGUUGGCUGGAUGAUUUGAUGCCAGAAAGCAAGAAGAAGAAAGAGGAUGACAAGAAAAAGAAAGCCCGUGAAAAGCUGGAGGAAGAGUCCAGACUGCAGGAGGAAGAGGAGAUGGGACUGAAGGUCAGCUUUGAAGGCUCGAACCCGCUCAACAUCCCAGUGAAGUCACUCUCAGGGAGUUCUUAUUCUGACCCCUUGCUAGUAAAUAUCUCUGAUGAAAUGGACAAAACAGCAGUAUGGAAAGCAGUGAACCCGAGUGCAGAGUCUUGUCACCAACCUAUGAAGUGUAGUGGAAGCCAGGAGAAGGUGGCCUGUGUUAGAGUCGACGUCAGCCCAGACACCCCUGGAAGAGGUUCCACUGCCGAGACCUUCCUGUGAUAAAGGGGGAGGGCACGGGGGGCUCCUUCCCCUCCUUCCUGUUACCUUCUCCCACGCAACACUUUACCCCGCUGGCUGACGGGCACCAUUUUAGUGGGAAAGGGAGCAUAGAACUGGAGCAGCACAACCUGCCUGCACAGCUCCCCAUCUUCAGGGCAGCAGGCGAGCUCCCCCAGGGCUGUGAGUCCUACUCCAUUCUAGUCUUGAAGUGUGCAGCACAUGUACAAAUGGCUGCCGCGAUGCACUGUAGAGCGCACAUUUCCGAGAAACGAAGGAAUUCUGCUGUUAACUGCCCACCGAUUCUCACUGUUUAGGAACUCUCUCUGUUUAGCAAUUUUCUUAUCACCCAUUCAAACCACAGAUGCCAAAGGAAGGGGUCUCACUGGUGGGGAUUUUUGGACUGUGUGUAUUUAAUUUUAUUUUUAACCCCUUGUAUAUUUUAAUUUCAGUUUUACUGUUAUUGUUUUAGCUGGUCACAGUACUGUACAUGUUUGGUUCUUGCAGCUCAUGCACCAUGAGUUGUCCUGCACUGUUUGUUUCCAUUGUUUUUUAGGUCAGAUUAAGACCUUUUCACGAUUAUACACCAGCUUCAAUACUCAUUCGAUUAAAGCCAUUCAGGUACUGUCAGUGACAGAUGGUUAUAUUUUAUAAUUGGUCUGGCACAGUAAAUGACACAAACCAAAACAGAGGUACAUUCAGAUACUAAUACUAAACUACAUUACUACUGCAUACAUCUUUAUAGACUUAAAAAUCAUUUCUCCUUCCUCCAGGGGAACACUCAGUAUUGAUAUUGCUGCUGAAAAGUUGGUCAGUUAUUUUCACUGUAAACCUCAUUGUUCAUAUUAUAUGUGCUGUUAUAGAAAUAAUCAUUAUAUGUAUGUAUGUAUACUGUGUUGUUUUACAUUCGUAGCAUUAUAGGAAACCUACUUCUGAGGCCAUAUAAAGUCUGUACUGUACAGUAAGCACUUUGCCAGUAUAGUUUCUUACCUAAAAUGGAUUAUAGUGUGUUAAUAAGAAAGGUUACUUCUCCUCCCAUAGUAUCUAUAGAGCUGUUGUUCAAAUGUUAAUUAAACAACUCAGGAAUCUUGAAGGAUUUCUGACUGUGGUCACUUCAUAUUUUUGUCACAACACAGCGAUAAUUAACUGUCCACUGUAUUCCUUUCAUCACUGGUAUCACAACUAUUUUAAUAAAUGCUGUAAAUCAUAAAAUAAUAUAGUAAGGUGCAGAAUUAAAAAAGAGAGAAUAUUCGUGACCCGUUAGUUGCACCUGUUUUUAUACUGUCUGUAUUAUUGUUGGUUAUAGUGUGUGUGUGUGGUGUAAAGAUAAUUUGGUAUGUCUAGCAUUGCAAAUCAUUUUAUGCAAAAUAUUUCUACAGUAAAUGUAAAAACUAUUAUAUUCUAUGAAGCUGUUCUUUUUUUGCUAAGUGCAGUCCUGUUUUAGCAAUAAGUAUUCCAUACUGUGCGAUGUAUGGACCAUGAACCUAGUUAAUAUCCAGGCAAAGAAGAAAUUGUGAAACUAAUUUUUGUGUCUGUUUCAUCAGCUCUGUCUGUGUGUAGCUGCAGUGACUGUACGGACAAUAGCUUACGUGCCUUGUCGAAGCUCUUAAUGUGCAAAGUCUUGUACUGAUCAUUUUUAAGUGUUGAGAACAGAUGUACAGGUAAACACACACACACAGCGGCACACAAAUGCCAAAGACAGACCAUCUUUACUUUACAAGAGUGAAACCAGUACACGGCUCAUUUGCAGAGGCUUUUGUCUGUCUUAGUGUUACUCCAUGUCUGUGUGAAGGUCGUAGCCUGAGCCACUGACUCAAACGAUGUUACUCAAGUUAUCUUCCAUUUACAAAUGUAACCCUAGCUACUGUUUUCUGUGUGUGUGUUAUACUGUCACAGCUCUAGUGUUUGCUCACAACGUAAAAGCUCUGUAAUCAAUAUUGAGGUACUGGUUUUCCUGAAUGAUUAGUGAAUGUCAAAUUAUUGUAUCAUCAACAUCAAAAAUGAAGUCUCUCUUUUUUUUUUUUAAAUAAGUCAUAUGUGGUUAUAGCUCUACACAUAUGGACCCAUUUGACAGUAAAAUGUAAGUUAUCAGUGUAAUAAUCACAAUAUGAGGUCAACAUCCACCAACAAAGUACUUAUAAUUUCAUAAUGAUAUUGUCUAUUUUGAUUUAAAAAAAUACCCUAUUUUCACAUCACCUGUCUCAAUUAAGAUAUAUAAACUUAUGUAGGUGGAUAAACAGUAUCGGCGACAAAAAGGAGGACUUUUUGGCCUCCAUCAUCACACUGACAUCACUUAACAAAAAUGUAUUUGUUCUGAUGUACAGACACCCAACAUCAGUGAAGCACACUGCAUCCUGUUGUUAGCUUGAACUAUGACUUUUUUGUCAUGGCCGAUUGAUGCAAAGCAAUAAAAGUGUAUACAUGGUUA